AUGUGUGCAGACGUGCCCUCCAACGGGCCGCAUGGUAGAAGCACUGGACCAACAAGGGGGCCAUAUCGGAUUCCGGCAGGUGUUAUCGGAAUUGCGAACCGUAAAAAAUGUCAGCAGUUCGAGUGCGGCGGGGGAACCGGUGACCGGCAGACGUCGCACACACUGGGACCCCUGCCGCCCCUCCCACUCACUGUUGUCGUUAGUCAAAAACCUGGUCCUUUGUUGUGCGGACCAGGCAGUCUGGAGCGGAGCGCCAAGGUACAGGCUCGGCCGUGCCAUCCAUCUGCGCUCUUCCCCACCGCCGGUCUUCUUGACUCUGUCUUGACACCGUGUCCAGGCGGGAAGUCGGGAAGAGAGAGUGCAGUAUAUGCCGAGCAAGUCUAUAAUCACUACAAACUAAAUCACUCGCGAUUCGCCGUGUCUACUUCAACUUGCUGUGGAGCACGCAGUGAACAUCUUCAGCAACGACGGUCGAACUGUCAUUUGCAUGUGUGUGCAGAACAACCCGGCGACCUGGGAAGACCUCACCCGAAACGACCGAACUGGAGGAGGACAAUGAAGAUAGGCGCAGCAAUCUACGAAGCCAACCGCGUCACCGCCGCUAAAUCCAAACGUGAAGCUCACAAAUCUCAACAGCCCCCACCUCUCAACGCCAACGCUCAACCGGGCCCCACCUGUCCACGAUGUCAGCGGGAGUUCCGGGCACGCUUCGGUCUUAUUGGACAUCCUCCAGCAUCCGGGCGGCACCACCCUAUGUCUCCCCGUCUUCGUCCCCCAAAUCGGCAAUCAACCCUACACGCCCUCCUGGUCUUCCAUUCACAUUCUCCACUGCUUCAACAACUGCUGCGGCGGCUCCUAUCCCCACCCUCACUUCACACAAUCCCAAACAGCAAACUCACCACCGUUAACACAAGUGGUGUGGAUUCGGCCCAAGCCUGCCCUCAUUGA